AUGGAAGACUUUGAGAUGUACAUUACCGCGAACGGCAUUACAGACAAAGCCAAGAAGCGAGCGCUGCUUUUAUACCAGGCAGGCGCCCGAGUUCGCGAAAUUUUUCGGCAAAUCCCUGAUAAUGGAGAUGACAAAGACUACGACAAGGCGGUUGAGAAACUAAACGAAUACUUUGAACCACAAAAACAUCGAUUGUACGAGGUGUACAAAUUUCGCGAGGCACGACAAGACGUCAGCGAAACUUUAGACCAAUAUUAUACGCGAUUGCGGAGUUUAUCUACCCGAUGCGAGUUUGCUGAUCCAGAUUUUGAAAUAAUGGUUCAAAUUGUCUUAUGUGGUCGCUCCAGUCGACUCCGAAAGCAAGCCGUGAUCCCAAGUUGACAUUGAAAGACCUACUAGUUUUGGGCCGCCAAUGUGAACGAAGUCGUCAACAAGCUGCAGAGAUCGAGGAAAAUACAAGAAACAAUCAAACCGGUAUGAACGAUGAUGCUGUUGUGGAUGCUGUUCGCAAUACCCCUGCUGAAAAGACAUCGCAAAAAGGGGUUUGCAGGAAUUGUGGCGCGGAAUGGCCACACAACACGGGAAUAUGUCCAGCAAAGGGCAAAGAAUGCCGAAAAUGUUCCAAACUGAACCAUUUUGCGAGAGUGUGUCGAUCUGCGCCUGCGAUGGCGCGAGGUCAGCGGCAAGACCGUGGACGAUGGCAAGGACGUCAUGAAAACAAACCUAUUCGGCCACUUAAUGUCUCGGACAAUGACAAUGAAUCAAGUGACUCAGACAAUUAUUGUUAUUCAGUUAACAAUACAAAGGCGCAAAACCCCUACACAAAGUUGAAGAUUAACAAUCGCAACGUAAAGUUUACAGUUGACACUGGAUCCAGUAUCAACAUAAUAGAUCAACAAACCUUUGAGCAAUUGGGACAUUAUACAUUGUCCAAAACAAACAUCAAAGCUUAUGCAUUUAAUUCAAACGUCCCUGUUAAAAUGAAUGGGAAAUUUACCACCAUUGUGGAAUCACGGCGCAAGAUUACGGUGACAACUAUUUAUGUUACAAAAGCAAACGGUGGUUGUCUUUUGAGUGGGUCAACUGCAGAAGAGUUGGGACUAAUCAGUUUGCAUUUGAAUGCAGUACAAAUAACAAAAUCAUCCCAAACACCACCAACGUUUACAUCUAUCAAAGAUAAGGGAGUACAACGUGUUGUCCAGAAGUAUCCAAAUGUUUUUUGUGGUCUCGGCAAAUUACGACAUCAAACAGUCGAACUGCUUGUUGACAAAGAUGUAAAACCAGUCACUCAGCGCCAACGUCGCAUUCCAUUCCACCUGAGAGCUAAAGUCGAUGCGGAGUUAAGUCGGUUACAGGAUGAGGACAUCAUUGAACGCGUACCAGAUACCGAAGCAACCGAAUGGGUGUCUCCAAUCGUCAUCGUGCCAAAAAAAGACGACAAUAUUCGCCUAUGCAUUGACAUGCGCGCGGCAAACACUGCUAUUAAACGAAUUCGACACCCCAUACCAACG